AUGCCGAUGCCCAUGCCGGCCCAGCCGGCGAGGAAGAAGCACAAGAAGCUGCCGUUCGAGGCCGCGUACCUGCGCAACCUGCCGAGCGCGGCCAUGUACGAGCGCAGCUUCAUGCACCGGGCCGCGGUCUCGCACGUGCUAGUGGCCCCGGAGACGCAGUUCGUGAUCACGGCCAGCGUGGACGGCCACGUCAAGUUCUGGAAGAAGAUGGCCAAGGGCAUCGAGUUCGUCAAGCACUACAAGGCCCACCUCAAGGAGGUGCACGGCCUGGCCGUGUCGGCCGACGGCCUGCGCCUCUGCAGCACGUCGGCGGACCGCAGCAUUAAGUUCUACGACGUGCUGGCCUUCGACAUGGUCAACAUGCUGAGCGUGGCCUUCACGCCGGCCGAGUGCGGCUGGAUCUCGGCCAAAGGGGCCAUCGAGCCGAAGGUCGUAGUGGCCGACAAGAACAGCCCGGCCCUGAGGAUCUACACGGCCGAGAGCGCGGCCAGCGAACCCGUGCACACUAUCAGCCAGUUACAUGCGGCCCCAGUCACGGUGUUGGCCUUCAACCCAGUGGCCAACUGCGUCAUCUCGGCCGACCAGAAGGGGAUCAUUGAGUACUGGGACGCGGACACGUACAAGUUCCCGAAGGACAAGUCGUUGGCCAAGUUCAAGUUUAAGGGAGAGACGGACCUAUACGAACUGGCCAAAUGCAAAACGUACGCCACGGCCAUUGACGUCUCGGCCGACGGCAAGAGCUUCGUCGUGACGGCCAAGGACAACCAGAUUAGGGUCUUCAGGUUCGCCACAGGGAAGAUGCGGCGCAAGUACGACGAGAGUCUUCCGGUGUUCGAGGACGCCCAAGCUGACGGAACGCUGCACCUCGACGCUUUGGACUUUGGCCGACGUGCCGCCGUGGAGCGAGAGCUGGCCAACUCGGACGUGGUCUCCAAUUGCGUGUUCGACGAGUCAGGCCAUUUCAUCUUGUACCCUACGCUGGCUGGUAUCAAGGUGUUGAACAUCGAGACGAACAAGGUUGUGAAGGUGCUGGGUAAGGUAGAAAGCUCGGACCGCUUCCUGCGGCUGAGUCUGUUCCAAGGGAAGCCCAAGGUCAACACGCAGUUCGAGAAGCACCUGAAGGCUGCGUCUGGACUCAAGCACGAAGCCGAGGUCAUGUCCGACUCCGCAAAUGAGCGCGACAACAUCGACCCGACACUGUUCUGCACGUCAUUCAAGCGUAACCGCUUCUUUCUGUUCUCAUCUCGUGAGCCCGAGGAGGACGAGGGCGAAGACGGCAGCGCUGGUGCCGGCCGCGACGUUUUCAACGAGAAGCCAACGCUCGAGGAGGCGCAGGUGGCCACGGAGUCCAGCACGUCCAAGGUGCUUGGUGAGACGGCAGUCAUGCACACGACGAUGGGAGAUAUCACGCUCAAGCUCUUCGGCAAGGAGUGCCCCAAGACCGUGGAAAACUUCUGCACUCACGCGCGCAACGGGUACUACGACAACCUCAUCUUCCAUCGUGUGAUCAAAAACUUCAUGGUGCAAACCGGUGAUCCGCUGGGAGAUGGCACGGGUGGCGAGUCCAUUUGGGGCGGCGAGUUCGAGGACGAAUUCCACCGCAGCUUGCGACACGAUCGGCCGUUCACACUUUCGAUGGCCAACGCUGGUCCGGGUACCAACGGCUCGCAGUUUUUCAUUACGACCGUACCGACCCCGUGGCUGGACAACAAGCACACUGUGUUCGGCCGCGUCGAGCAGGGUAAGGAUACUGUCUCAAACAUCGAAAGCGCGCGCGUGGACAAGUCCGACAAGCCUCUCAAGGACAUCAAGAUUAUUAACAUUGAUAUCUUCUAG